AUGUUGGUGUGGUGUACUUGUUAUUUGUGUUCAUCAAAUAAUAAUAGUGCUACAAACAAUAAUUUUUAUCAAAAUUCAGUUGAGUUUAAUUUAAAUUUAGAAGAAUUUCUGCAAGCCUAUCAAGAUUAUGAGAAUAAUUUAGAAAAUUAUAGCAACUUUAAUAAUAAUUUAGAAGUAGAUAAAUUUGAAAAUGAGUUUGAAUUAGAGGAUAGUUCAGGACAUGAAAAUGAAUUGCUUAGAAAGCAGAAAAAAUUUGAUGAUGAUGAUGAAUUGAUGAAUAGUCUGGAAAGCAAAAAUGAAGUUGAGAACAAUGAUGAAUUGAAGAAUAGUUUGGAAAGCAAAAAUGAAUUUGAGAACAAUGUUGAAUUAGAGAAUAAAUGUGGAAAUGAAUUUGAAGACAAUGAUAAAUCAGAGAAUAGUUUAAUAAGUAGAAAUGAAUUUGAGAACUAUGAUGAAUUAGAAAAUAGUUUAGAGGAUGGUAAUAAGUAUAUGAGCAGACUUGAAUAUGAAGAUUCUAAUAAUGAGUCAGAGAGUGAUAGUAAUAAUUCAACUAUAACAGAUACAAGUAAUAUGGAUAUUAAAGAUCUAAAAGAACUGAAAGAUCUAAAUUCUUUUUUAUUUCUUACCACUGCUAAACUACAAAGAUUAGAUGAAGAAGUAGUGUUCCCUAGUGUUCAACAUGAAGAUACAUUCACAUUACAUGGUUGUGUACUAUCUUUGUCUAGUGACACACCUGCACUUACAAAAUUAAUAUGUCUUAUAGGGCAUAAUUCAUAUAGAGGAUGCUGCUAUUGCAAUAUUAAAGGCAUUUAUUCUUCACAUAUAUAUUAUCCUACCAAACCAUCCAGUGAUCAGAAUAGUAAAACUUAUGAUCCUGAAAAUUUACUAAUUAGAACUCAUAAUGAAUUCAAAAGACAAAUAAAAAAAAUUCAAAAAGCACAAACACAAUUAGAAAAAAAUCAAACAAUAAAACAUUAUAGUAGACAAGAUUUCUAUUUUCCUUCAACUUCACACAAAUUAAUACAGGCUGAAUUAAAAAAAAUUAACAAACAUUUUUCUACUAUAUCAGAUGUGUCUGGGUUGCAGCUUAUGUCUUUUAGUCAAACAGGAACAAAGUAUGAUAGUACUGAUGUGAAAACAUUUAGUCAGUUAGGGUUAUAUGCAUUAAUUAAUUCAUCAGCUAUUGAUUAUUGUGUUGAUUUAAUUAAAAUUGAUAAGUUAUUUUACAUUGUAGAUAAAGAGGUAGAUGAUGAUAAAUAA